AUGGCAUCUGAAAAUAAAAAAGCUUUGGUAUUUUCCAUUUUGGAAUUCUUACAAAAAUCCUGCUCUGAUGGAACUAUUAGUAACGAUGACGCUGAAGGCAUUGAAGUUGCUAUGCAAUGCAUUGGUGAAGCUUUUGGUGUUGACCCUACUGAUGAAGCUCAGCAAGAAGCUUAUAGUACAAAACCUGCCAACUUGUUAUCCAUCUUUGAAGUAUAUUUGAAGACAAAGUCAAAGUCUAAGGGUGCUAAGGAAGUAUCUGCUGAAGACAAGGCAAAAGCCGAAGAAUUGAAAGCUGCUGGAAAUCGUCAAGUUGCUGAACGCAAUUAUCCUGAAGCCAUCAAACUUUAUACCGAAGCCAUUAGUCUCAACAACAAUCAAGCCGUUUAUUAUGCCAACCGGGCUGCCGCUUAUAGUCAACAAGGAGAUCAUCAAAAAGCUGUGGAUGAUGCCAAGAAAGCCGUUGAAAUUGAUCCAAAGUAUAGCAAAGCUUAUAGCCGAAUGGGUCAUGCCUACUUUUGCUUGGACAAAUUUGAAGAUGCUAUUACUGCAUAUGAAAAGGGACUGGAAUUGGACCCAAACAAUGCGACUUUGAAAUCUUCUUUAGCUACUGCCAAAUCCAAGGUUAAUCAACAAAGUGUAGAACGAUCCGCUGGUGGUGAAUCUUCCGGACCAGGUGCUGGCGGUAUGCCUGAUCUCAGUGCAUUAUUGAAUAAUCCUGCUUUGAUGGGUAUGGCUCAACAAAUGAUGCAAUCUGGUGCUCUCAACGAAUUUAUGAAUAAUCCUGAAAUGGCUCGAAUGGCUCAACAAAUGAUGGGUGGCGGAGGCGGUGGUCUUUCUGAAAUGUUAAACAAUCCUGAAAUGAUGAAUAUGUAA